CUUGCCGUCCCUUUGUUCAGACAGCCAGAUGUUACGCCAGACCUGUGAGAAGAAAGAGGAAAGACGUCCCCAGCCAUUUGGAUGAUCUCCCUCCCACAAUGCUGAAGAAAGAUUAUGCCAAUGUCCCAAUAAUAAACAGUGUUGACGAUGUAGUGAAAAGACUGCUGUCCCUGGAAAUGGCAAGCCAGAAAGAGAAGGUGAAAAUAAAGACACAGCAGCUGGUGGAGAAGGUCAGGAGGUCUCCCUACGACAAUGGCUCCUCAGAGGUGCAAAUUGCUAUGCUGACCGCCAAGAUACGCACUUAUGAGGAACAUCUUCAGAGGCACCCCAAGGAUAAAAAUAACCGUCGUCGCAUGCUGAUGGAUAUAGAUCGCCGGAAGAAACUACUUGGAUAUCUUCGCCGUGUCCGCUACGAUACCUUUGAAAAUACCUGCAAGCAGCUGAAUAUCCAGUACACCCUCCCUGCUCAGUACUCCAGGAGGAUCACCAAGCGCUGGCGGGUGAAGAAGGCUUUCUGCCUCAAGGUUUUCCAGGAGGUGCAGAAGCUGAAAGCAGCGGAGAGAAUGAAGCAGAGAAAAGAGUGGCUAGCGAGAGCGAGAGCAAGAGCUGCAAAGGAGAAAGAGGCACAGAGCGAGGGAACGCCUGUGUAG